AUGGGAGAAAGCCGAAUCGAGAACAGGGCUCAUUCCUAUCUCCAACUCGAAUCUCUACUCCCCGCUGGCCCGCGUCCAUGGGUACUCGACGCUGGGAUGUAUGAGCCAUUUUACUACGCCUUUGAUGCCUACCCGACCGUUAUUCCCCGAGUCAGGGUACGAGGCGUAAUGGCUUUGUUCCUGGCGGGAUCCAUUCUAUGGGCUUUGAUUUGGCUUCUUUACCGUGCGUGGCAGGUCUGUCAGACCCCCAAUGACGUUCUGGUCGAAAAGCUAGGUCUUGAUAUUCCGCCGCCGCCGGAAGUCACCCUGGAAGAGAUCACGGCUCGUGAGAUACGUUUAGCCUGGAAGCAACCCGAUUUUCAAAAUUCUAUACAUAAACAUAUCAUACAAGUCAAUAAUGUGAAAGUGGGCGAGUCGAAGCGAACAGAAACAGCAGUGGAAAUAUUGAAUCUCAUACCAGGAAAUAUUUACCAUAUCUGUGUUUUAUCUGUUAGUGCAGCAAAUUUUCAAACUCCUAGUGCAAUUCUCCAUGUUCGAACGAAAUCUCUUCCUCUUUCCCGAGCCCAGCAAGAUACGCCAACCAAUGGACCGACAAUUCGAGCGUCGGUCCCAAGGUCUACAGCUGGCCUGCCGACCCCAUCUGCCCCCGUCAUGGCUCGUGAACAUAGCGCCGGACAAUUACCAAGCAAACGGCCAGCAGCGGGCCGCAAAUUGUCGCCUGCAGCUGGAAUGGCAGAUUUUGCGCAAGGGAACUCAGAAGAAUCACACAGGGGCCCCUCCAAGAAUGAUCGUGACGGAAGCUUGGAAGAACUUGCUGAUCGACUGAAGAUGCUACAACAAGAAAACGAAAACUUAGAAAAACAAAUCAAUGAGGAAGAUGACGAGCACGCCGGACUUCUCAAGGAAUUGGAGAAGCAGCGUGACGAGUUGAAGAAACGUGUCAAGGAGAAGGAUGAAGUUAGCGGAGAUCUGAAGAAGCAUGUCUCGAAGCUAGAGAGCGUGAAUCGAUCUGUUCAGGGAGAAAAGUCCAAACGGAUGAGACUUCUUCAACAAAAGGAGGCGGAGCGCAAGAAGCGCAAGAACGAUAUCAUCCGGUGGCAAGAGAAAAUUACACGGAUGACUUCUGAUGCUGCGCAAGCCAAGGAAGACAAGUCCCGAUUGAAGGAAGAAGGAGAGACUCGGGCUGAAGAAAUUCGAGCCAAGGUUGCACAGGAGCAGUCCGAAAUGAAAACCAUCGAUGAUGAAAUUCAGGACAAAGGAGGCCGGAUCAAGAAGCUCGAAGAAGAGCGACAAGGAGUUUCGGGCGGUGAUACUGAAGAUGGGAACGAAUUGGAUCAGAUUGAUAACGAGCGGGCUCGCCAAUGGGAGCUGAAGUUGGGUCAGCUCCAUGCUCGCUAUGCUACCCUCGUCAAUCUCCAUGCACAGGCCCAACAGCAGUAUCAAGAGGCCCAAGAGCGCCUCAAAUGGCUGACAUCUCAACGCCCUGGUAGUUCAGGUCCAUUUGCUUUACCCAAUCUCGACCUGGAUCUGGCGAACUCUGGCACCAUCCGACCUCGUCGACACCGUAGCUCUUUGGCGAGCAAUGUCUCCUCGCCAGUCAACUACCCCGGUAUCGAAUCGAAUUUCCCUAGCGGGCUCAACUAUCAACCGUCUUCUAAUUCACCUACAUUCGCGCAAAGUUCUACGUUCUUCAAUAUUAAUAACGGGAUGACUAUCCCCGGCCUCGCCGACCCGCCGGAGAUCAUGCGUUCUGACGCAGAAGCCUCAUUUAGCAAUCCGCAAAUGAGCCCCCGGGCUGAUGCAUUGCUACCCUCGGACUUGCUUGGAGAUGAAGAGUCGCCAGAGUUCCCGCGGCCUGUAGGUCGCGCUAGGUUUUCGACUAUGGGCUCAUCAAACGGUCCAUUGGAUAAUUUUGGUCAUGGCCCUGCCUCGCCUGUCUCUUCUGGCAGCAGGCCUGGUAGCAUCUUUGCUAGUCCGCUGGAAAGUCAUCAUCGGCAAGACUCAGGCUCCCAGCCUGGACAACUAUCUGCUGAGGAAGCCCCCAAGAGCGCCUCUCGGAGACUUUCUGGGAUUUUCGGCUUCCAUCGACCUCGUGGAAAAACUCUAGCCGAUGAACCUCCCAUGCUUGGUACUUUGAAAGCAGGCCAGAGCCAAUCUUUCCCGCGCAAUGUUGAUGAGCUUGAUCCGAUCGGAUCUCGACGUCGCAGACUUAGCUACACAGGCAACUGGGCAAAUGCAAUGUCCUUAUUCCCUCGAAGCAAUACGACCGGGGUCACGACAGAUAGUUCCUCCGAUCAUGCGCCUUCUCGAAGGGCCGCUCUGUCGAAUAUCUUCUCGUCCAGCAAGUUUGGGUUUGGCGGUGCUGGAAACCGUGGAAACUCCGAUCUUAGCACCGGGUACAAUCAAUUUAGUCCACGCCAUGACCCCAUUGAUCCGUCGUCUCUCCUUGGCAGUGUUCGACGUGGCUCUUUGUCGCCAAGACCUUCAUCCACAUUCUCGUUCGACAACCAGAACCAACUACCCCAUCCGUCCACCGACAAUCGUCAUUUUGGGUGGCCGUCAGCCGAUCAAAUGGGACAUCGCAACAGCCCUCUAGGCUUGGACUGGACAUCGCCGUCAACGUGGUCAAGAGCACCUUCUCGCCGUCCCUCGAUUCAAUAUGGGUCAUCUGGUCAUCUCCCUUUAGGUCUGACCGGUGAACCGGAUUUCGUCGAGAACACUUACAUCGAUCGUCACCACAGACCACUACAGGCGCCGAUUGGCACUCGUCCAUCGUCGUCUCAUCGGCCUCUCACCCCGAAGCUCAACCCUGCUGCUCCAUCUUUCCGUGGGAUCUUUGCAAGCAAGAGAUCUGAGAGAGACAAAGACAGGGACUCAGACGUCCCAUUUGAUCUUCAUGUCGAUGAUGGGUCUCCCUCUGAACCCCGCACUUCUCGCGACUCUCGCUCCCUUUCCCACUUCACUGGGGAGUCGUACGAGUCCCUGGAACGCAUGCCGUCCGGUACUUCUGUAGACAAUGCUUCCAAGGAAUCGUUCAUUCGCAAGAUCACUCGCAAAGGCAGCUCAAGCAAGUUCAGCUCUUGGAAGGACCGCUCUGGCUUCUUUUCGAAGAAGGGUGAUUCUGCACCAGGUGACAUCGAUGAGGAUACAGCUAGCGAGGCACAAUUAGCGAAAAGCAUUGACAGCACCGUCUCUAGCGCCCCAUCUCGUAGUAGCCUCGGGUUCUUCUCCCGCAAGGCGCGCAAGUCGGACAAGGCGAGCGAGACCAGCGAACGCGCUAGUGAGACUGGCGACGAGGAGAUUCAGGAGAUUCCAGAGAUCCCAGAAAAUCCUGUGUCAUAA